ACUCGAGCAAAGCAGAGAUUUGGAUUCUAAAAACUUAAGCAAAAUCCAAAUUAAAUUUCGAUCUCAGAAUGCCGAUCUCUAGCAUUGCAGUGGGAAGCCCAUCUGAGUUCGGGAGCGUCGACGCUCUUAGAGCAGCUCUUGCUGAGUUCAUCUCCACCCUCAUCUUUGUUUUCGCCGGCUCCGGUUCAGGCGUAGCUUUCGCCGAGCUCACAGACAAUGGAGCUACCACACCCGCCGGCCUCGUAGCCGCAGCCAUAGCGCAUGCCUUUGCCCUUUUCGUUGCGGUUGCCAUCGCAGCAAACAUCUCCGGCGGCCAUGUCAACCCCGCUGUCACAUUCGGUGCCUUCCUUGGCGGCAACAUUACUCUCGUCAGGAGUAUCUUGUACUGGAUUGCCCAGCUUCUCGGAUCCGUUGUUGCUUGCUUGCUCCUCAAGUUUGCUACCGGUGGAAUGACCAUCUCUGCCUUCUCCCUAUCGACUGGUGUUGGAGUAUGGAACGCAGUGGUGUUCGAAAUCGUGAUGACCUUCGGUUUGGUAUACACCGUGUACGCAACCGCCCUCGACAAGAGGUCCGCCGGAAACAUCAGCAUCAUUGCACCAAUUGCCAUUGGUUUCAUUGUUGGAGCUAACAUCUUGGCCGGUGGUGCUUUUGACGGUGCUUCAAUGAACCCAGCAGUCUCAUUCGGACCCGCCGUCGUCAGCUGGUCAUGGGAAAGCCACUGGGUCUACUGGCUCGGGCCAUUCCUCGGUGCCGGCAUUGCUGCCCUCAUCUACGACUGGAUCUUCAUCGGCCCAGCCACCCACGAGCCACUACCCACCACAGACUACUCCUAAGCUACAGUCACGGUUCAACUCUCAGUCCAAGUGAUCUUGAAAUCGGUUUUUCAAUUUUAGUUCUUUUUCUGUUUCUCUGUUCAUGUUUGCCAAUCUCAUAACGAGGCAAUUUAGGAGUGCCAAUCUCAGCUGUGUAAAAAAUUCGGUGUUCAAGAUUUUCCAUUAUUAUCUAUAUACAUUUUGUCAAUGUUGAGCACAUGGAUCACUCUUUAGCCACCCUACCCUGCAAACCAAAGGACACAAUAUGCAACAUAAACACAGAGCAAGUUGGUCCUAUACCUACUUCAACAAUGUCAAAUUGAAAGCUUGGACAGUGUAGACAAUAAGAGGACAACACUGCUUGAAACUUGAAAGAGACAAAGGAUUUGGUACAGAGAAGAAGGGGCCGGGGGGAACACUAGAGACUCUCUACUAGAGAGGCAAUGAUAAUUGAAAUAAUUUGUAGUGACAAUGAGAUUCUUCUACUAUGCAAGUGUGUGUGUGUGUGUGUGUAA